AUGGUAUCCAAAUGCAGCUUGUAACACUUAUUUAGUGAUUACCAAUUUAAAAUAGUAAUUGUCGGUGAUGCUCAUGUUGGGAAAUCUUGCUUACUCCCCCUCCGUGAGUAAACAAAAAUAUUUUGUUCACUCACAGAGGGUUAAUUUUUUUUUUUAAAAAACAUUUUAUAUAUAAAUUUUAUUAAAAAAUCUUUUUUUUCGAAAUUUAAAAAAAAUCCUAAUUCGCGAAAAUUUGAAAGCAAAUGUUAAUUUCAUUUAUAAAAUUUAUGUUUUAAAAAGCAAUUCGUUUUAAAAUUAACCAGAAUUAGCUCUAGAUUCAUUAUACUAAUUAUCACUUAUAUAUCAAAUUAUUUUCCAUAAAAAAUUUUCUAUUAAAAAAAAUUUUUGUUCACUCACAGAGGGUGGGUUUUGGGCAAAAAAUAGGGAUUUUUCUAAUGUUUUGUUCACUCACGGAGGGGGGAGGACUUAGUUGUUAGACAAUCAGAUGGCACCUUUGAUGAUCGAUAUAGCGUGACAAUUGGCGUGGAAUUCAAGAACUCAAUAAUCCAUAUAGAAAAUUCCACUGUCAAACUUCAACUGGUAAUUAUAAAUCAGUGAGACACUGCUGGGCAAGAAAAAUAUAGAGCCAUUGCAAGCGGAUAUUAUAGAGGUGCUGAUGCAGUGAUUGUUAUGUUUGACAAAACUGAUAGACAGACAUUUGAGCAUGUAGAACUUUGGCUUGAAGAAGUAGGAAAAUAUAUUAAAAGCAAUUUUGUAGCAAUGCUUGUAGGAAACAAGUCAGACAUGAAGUGUGUAGUGGAGUUUGCUGAAGGGGAAAGGAAAGCAAUUUUAAAUAAAAUGGAAUAUAUUGAAACUAGUGCAAAAGAUCCUUAUCAAGUUGAUUUGUGUUUUGAAAGAAUUGCUAGGACACUUCUUAAAAAGAAAGUUGCACACUCUUGCAUCCAAGAAAGGGAAAUAUAUUGAGGAAAAAAUAUUUGAAAAAAAAAUUUAAUUUCACAAGCAAAAUAUUAUUAUAAAUUUAUUAAUUAAAUAUGUUGCUAUUUUAAUUAUUGCAAAUGGGAAUUAUUUAUAAAUUUACUUUAUAAAUUUAUAGCCUCUAGCUGAUCUCUAGAUGCGUAGAAUCAAUAGAAUCCCUUUUUAUUUAUUCUCAAUGACUGGCAGCCCAGCUCGCUUAUCCUAAUCUCGUAAAUCAAAUUAAUAAUUCAGAAGCCAGCGUAUAGUUGCGGCUUGGUUUUGUUACCCAGCUUUCCUUCAGAAUCUGCUCGAUUAAGGGAUUUUGCUGCAGUGGAAAGAGGUCAGGUGGAGAGAAUAAAAAUGAAUUCAUGGAAACCCUUUGUGUUGAAACCAUGCUAUUAUUUUAUAUAAAAAUUAUCAAAAAUAGCCAAGCUUCAUUUUCAAGCAAAAAUUCUUGCUUAAUUAAAGUAGCGAGUUAGGAAAAAGCAGAAAAUGCAAAAAUCCCAGAAGUAGGCAUGAAAAUUGCCCGUAAAAAUCGAAUGUCAAUCCAAAAAAAUAAAUGCUGCAACAAUUUAUUAUAA